ACUAAUGAGAUGGGAGGUAAGUUUUGUUUGCUUUAGAAAUUAGUAACACAAAAUCGGGAGAAAUCGUGUAGCUACUUGGGCUCAUUAUCUGGAAACUUCCACACUCUUCCCCUCAUUUUCAUUUGCCUUCCAGACCUCUCUUCUUUUUCCCCUCAAAAUCAGCCCUAAACUCCUCCAAACACCGACUCUUUCUUGUAUGUGAUCAAACGUUCUUUCAUUUUUUUUACAAAAUAAAUUGCGGCAAAACUAGAGCAAAGAAGAAGGAAGAUCUGUGAAAAAAAGUAAAAGGUAGAGAAAGAAGAAGAAGAAGAAGAAGAUGGGUGUUGAUUAUUAUAAGAUUCUGCAAGUUGACAAGAAUGCAAAAGAUGAGGAUUUGAAGAAGGCUUACAGGAAGCUUGCCAUGAAGUGGCACCCUGAUAAGAACCCUAGUAACAAAAAGGAAGCUGAGGCCAAAUUCAAGCAAAUCUCUGAAGCAUAUGAGGUUCUGAGUGACCCACAGAAGAGAGCUAUAUAUGAUCAGUAUGGUGAAGAAGGCUUAAAAGGCCAAGUACCACCUCCAGAUGCGGGUGGACCUGGUGGAGCAACAUUUUUCCAAACCGGAGACGGUCCAAAUGUGUUCAGAUUCAACCCCAGAAAUGCUAAUGAUAUCUUUGCCGAGUUUUUUGGGUCUUCUAGCCCCUUUGGGGGGAUGGGCGGCAGUGGGAUGAGAGGUAGGUCAAGAGCAUUUGGUAGCAGCAUGUUUGGUGAUGACAUAUUCAGUUCAUUUGGUGAAGGAAGGUCAAUGAGUCAGAAUCCUCGUAAAGCUCCUCCUAUCGAAAAUACGUUGCCUUGUAGCCUUGAAGAUUUAUAUAAAGGAACCACAAAGAAGAUGAAAAUUUCUAGAGAAAUUGCAGAUGCAAGCGGGAAGACAUUGCCGGUGCAGGAAAUCCUGACGAUUGAUAUCAAGCCUGGUUGGAAAAAGGGAACAAAGAUUACCUUCCCUGAGAAAGGAAAUGAACAACCGAAUACAAUACCUGCAGAUCUUGUAUUCAUAAUUGAUGAAAAACCUCAUACUACAUUCACACGCGACGGCAAUGACCUGGUUGUCAACCAAAAGAUAUCAUUGGCUGAAGCAUUGACCGGCUACACUGUUCACCUUACAACACUUGAUGGAAGAAGCUUGGUCAUCCCCAUCACCACCGUUAUUCAUCCAAACUAUGAGGAGGUUGUUCCAAAUGAAGGCAUGCCGAUUCCAAAAGACCCCUCGAAAAGAGGUAACCUGAGAAUCAAGUUCAAUAUUAAAUUCCCAACCAGGUUAACUGCCGAGCAGAAAUCUGGAAUCAAGAAGUUAUUGGGGCCGUCGGGUGGACUCUGAUGAUCAUCAUUUCGGAAAAAGAAAUCAGUGGAAACUUGUGAAUAUCUGCUUCUGAUCAUUCCACCACUACUUAUGAUACGUAAUUUGUAAUAUUUACCAUUAGUUUGUGAUUUCUGAAGUAAUGCAUUUUGUGAUUCAAAAGAAUAAAGCAUUUGGUCAAUUUUGUAUUGCUGAAAAGAGAAA